CAUGUGGAGAAAAAAAAAAAGCCCAGAUACGGGGGUAAUUAUCAGAAUUUCUAGUGUCGACUGAUAUUCAAAAUCAGCAUGCCUGCAGGAGCCAACUCUGCAGAAGUUCUUGGAGCUCCAGUUCAAAUCAGAUACUUAGAACGGCAGCCAUUGGUAAAGUGGUGUGAUCUGUGCAGAGACUUCCAAGAUGCUGCUCUCAGUUUCUGAGGAAAUGUACCAGCUCGGCUUUGUCAUUUGAAAAUCUAGAAGCCUAAAUGCCACUUUUACCGUUGCAGGGGUGCUCGUGGACGACGAAGGGCGAUUCUAUUAACUUUCAGAAUCCCCAGGAGUGUAACUUGAAGCUUUCUUUUCCACACCUGUAGAGCCCUGAGCAAGCGGCAACGUCUCAUUUUGAAGGAGACGUAUCAGGAAAAAUUGAUAAAUAAAUAAGAUAAAUCGUAGCUUGCAGAAGUAGCCUAAUCCCAGCUACCCUCAGGAGAAGGCUUCCGAAAAUCGCCAGUAAAGAGAGGGGCUUAGACUCUCAGAUAUUUCAAUAAAAGACCUAGAAGAUCCGCACAGGGGCCCAAAGGUCGGAGCUGCCGAUCUAUAUAUUAGGACCCUAGAAUGAAACCCGGGUCCAAACAACAACAGACCUCCUCUAAUGGUUAUACAAUCUAUGUACAGUACUUUGACGUCUUUCCCCUUUCUCCUGUAGGCAUGGAGAGCAAAAAACUGAUUUCUGCAACAGAUGCACAGUAUUCUGGUAAUCUCCUGAAAUCUUUGAAUGAGCAACGUGGCCACGGACUGUUCUGUGACGUUACUGUUAUUGUGGAAGAUCGGAAAUUUCGAGCCCAUAGGAAUAUUCUUUCGGCCUCUAGUACCUAUUUUCACCAGCUCUUCUCGGUCGCCGGGCAGGUGGUGGAACUGAGCUUUAUCAGAGCCGAGAUCUUUGCAGAAAUACUCAACUUCAUUUAUAGUUCUAAAAUUAUACGGGUUGAAAGCAUCUCAGGUGGAGCCAAGGACGGCACUUCGGAAACCUCAUCUCCGGGCUCGGACGGCAAGGACCCUGAAAUGCAGAAACCGAGGCACGGAGGCCACGAGGUCGGGGCGUCCGCGAUGCCUGUCAUAACGGAGUCGUUUUCCUUGUCCAGCGAAGAUGACGAAACCAAAAAAAUCAUCGUGACCGAUUCGGACUCUGACGACGACGACGAUGUCAUUUUCUGCUCAGAGAUCCUGCCUCCCAAAGAGACUCUGCCAAGUAAGGACGCGUCGCCACAAGCGCAGCCAAGCCCAUCCGAGCCGUCCGUCCGUGACGUGGCCCCUCGUGGCGGCUCCUCUCCGGCGAACGCCGUUACGCCCGCCCAGAAACUCUCCGGGAAUCAAUCGAGUCCAAGCCAAACGCAAGAUAAGGGGGGAUCCCUCGGGGCUCCGGCUCCCAAGCACCUGACUCCCAGCGUUAUUUUGCUGAAUCAGUCGCAGUCGAACUCGUCACCGAGCGACGGUUGCUCCCGCCCCAGCGGCCCGUCUCCUUCCAUUCACCUGCGUGCGCUGAGCCAGCAGGCCCCAAACAGCGUUAUCGCUCUGACGGGGAAUGAGGCUGUUGAGGAGGAAGAGGAGGAGAUCAUAGAGGACGAAGACGACGACGACGUCAUUAGCUCCAGUCCAGACUCGGCGGUCAGCAGCACCUCCUCGGUGCCACAGUCCGAGGUCCGUCGGGACGCCGCCGCUUUCGACGGGUCUGGGGUUCAGAAAAAACGGGUUUCCCCCCUUGAGCGAGAGCUCCCUUCCCACCCCGGGGGGUUCAAAUUAAAAAUUUCCGACGUUCUCGCCGGAAACCGCGGGGAUCCGGGAGCGGUGUCGAAACACGCGACGGAAGGCCAGAAGAUCAUUACCUUAGACACGGCUACCGAGAUCGAAGGCCUAUCCACGGGUUGCAAGGUCUACGCGAACAUCGGGGAGGACACCUACGACAUAGUGAUCCCCGUCAAAGACGACCCCGACGAAGGGGAGGCCACGCGCGCCGGCGAGGCCCCGAGAACCUCCGGCGACGAUCCUUCCGGCCGGAAGCGAAUGAAAGUGAAACACGACGAUCACUACGAGCUGAUUGUGGAUGGGAGGGUUUAUUACAUUUGCAUCGUGUGCAAGAGGUCUUACGUCUGUUUGACGAGCUUACGGAGACACUUUAACGUGCAUUCUUGGGAGAAGAAGUAUCCCUGCCGUUACUGUGAGAAAGUGUUUCCUCUGGCGGAAUACCGCACGAAACACGAGAUCCAUCACACGGGGGAGCGACGGUAUCAGUGUUUGACCUGCGGCAAGGCGUUCAUCAACUAUCAGGUCAUGGCCUCCCACAUACGGUCGGUUCACAGUCAGGACCCUUCGGGAGACACCAAGCUCUACCGCUUACUCCCCUGUAGGUCUUUGCAGAUCAGACAAUACGCGUACAUUACCGAUCGGUCAAGCAGCAUCCCGGUCAUCAACGAGGACGGAAUUGUUUAUCACGUGGAUGCCGGGAAGGAACCUCCGGAAGGAACCACGUCCAACCCUCCCGCCAGACAGAUGACCUGGGAUGACAUUUUUAUUCCGCAGGGCAACGACCCCAUUUUUAAACAGAACGUGACGGACGGCGGUACCGAGUUUGAAUUUGUGAUACCAGAGUCUUACUGAACCGCUUGGGAUGGUUCAAAAGACCUUCAGUUCUUGGAAAGGGGGCAACCGCUUCAAGACCGGAGCGAAACUGAACCGGAAGACACGUGGUUUCAACGAAAACAAGUUCGCUUGCUCUGCCAAGUCAGCGGAAUCUAGGCUGGUUAGAUCACGUGAAGUUGCCGGGGAUUUUUAGAAGCAGAUGCUUAUGAAUGUUUACUUGAACACGGACUAAGGUAUUUCCAAGGAGCUGUACUGUAUAAUUGGUUUCCCCUUCAUUUUGAACAUUUUAAGUUCAUAGUUUGAUAAAGUUGUUUCUGGAAAAUAAUACGAAACGGAAUGAGGUUUUUUUUAAAAAAAGAUUAGGGGGUCCAUCCCUACAGAAUUGAGACUUUGUACUUUUUCUUUGCUAUUAGCACUUUACCGAGGAGUUCUGCUUAGACGUCAUUAAUGAAUUUUACGUGAAUUUGUAUUUCUCUUGCCUGUGGCAUAACGACAGAAAGCCGAGGAGCUUUUGAACUAUUUCUGAAGAUUGAAAGAUUAAUUUGUACUUCCCAAGCGCUUAGUACAGUGCUCUGCACAUAGUAAGCGCUCAAUAAAUACGACUGAUGAUGAUGAUUGAAAAUAACUGUUUUGCCAGCCUGGGUGGUGUAUUUUGGUCUCGGCAUUUUUUUUUGCUGGUCCAGUCCGAAUCAACUGAUUAAGUUUGGUCAAAAUGCCCUUACCGAUAAAUCUUUAACCUGGAAAGAGAAUGAAUUUUUUUGCAGACAUCCGAAUAAGUUUUGUUUUAUGCCUAGCAAUAACUAAGACUGUUCAGUGGCUGGGCAACUGCUGUAUCCUUCUGCAGUGAGGGGGAUACACUGGGGAAAUUCUGAUGAGGAAAACUAAUCUGAUGCCAAAAGGGAAAAAAUAAAAAAGUUCUGUGGUGUUUAUUGAAAAUUCUGAGGAUUUAAUGCCAUAAACUCUUAAAUUGUAGAAAGAGUGAGAGUGGGGUAAAAUGGCAUAAAAUGGCAAAAUUUCCCAUUUUGCUUUAUAGGACUAAAAUGCUUGAUUGUGUGAGAAAUGAUUUUUAGUUUUUUAAUCUAAAAGCUGCAAAGGUGGGCCUUUAAAGUGAUGUGGUGGUGACAUAAUCCCCUUCCUGAGAAUUAUGAUGCUAGUGCGGAUUUUACUGGCCUAUUUGUAUGAAUUUUUAAAGGAAACACAAGUACCCAGAACUUUUCUUUUUUUUCCAUUAGAGAGGUUUCGGUUGAAACGAUUAAAAUCAAUGAUGUGAUAUUUUUCUUUCCCAAUGAUCUUAGGUGUUUACCAUCUCUUUAACGUACACUCCAUUCCAUCUGUAAAUCAUCGUGUGGAAUGAUGUAGGGCCUCUUGGUUUAUGUUCAGAUUUAGGUUUAUAAAUCCUGCCCCUAUUCCCUUGCAACUGGUAUAUAUUUUGGUACUUGGGAAACGUUAGUAAAAUCCUAGCUUGCAACAGAAGCUGCUGAUCCUGAAAAGUGAACAGGUUGAAAAAACAUUUAGCCUAGCAAUUCUAAGAAAAAAAACCCACCAUUGAAUUUCGUCAAUGGUAUGUCAAAAGAAAAAAUGAAAAAUGAGUUUAUAGAGCCCGACAGGUUUGUUGUGCAUAGUAUUAGCUUGUAUGCUUUCCUUAAAUAUUUCUUUCCCAAUUCAGUUAGGAAGUUUUCUUCUUCUUUUCAUGUGUUUGAUAGAAAACCACUUAUUUCCUGACUUUGAGCCUCAGGCUUUUACCCUUCAGUUUCUCAGGCAUCCAUUAUUUUUGCCAAGAAGUUAGAACUGAUGGUGAUGGCUUCAGAGCCACGUAGACUCUAACCAAGGGUAUCAGAAAUCAGUAUUUUUAGGAAGGGGGAGAGGGAAACGGAAAAAAAUAACUCUUGCCAAUCAGGCGCAGUGUGCUUGCACCUCUGUUUUCUAGAUAACGAAUACACUCUGAAUAGAAUUUGAAAAUCAUUUUGUAAACUAACCCUUUAAAAUUGGCAGCUAGCAUUUAACUAAAUCUGUGAACUCUGAAAUCACAAAGUAGUUGAAUGGCUUUUAUGUAGGUGUGGCUAAAACUACUCUUUGGCCAUAGGGGUGUAUCUUGAAAUAUUCUAGAUUUGAGUGGCGUUUGUAUGUUUGAGUUUCAUUAACGAUACCUUCAGCAGUUAGCCACGGUUAUUGCAACCAGUGUGAACAAUGCCUAUUCCAGCACAAUUUGCAAAAUGAACUGGCUCCGUGCUAGGUAAAAUUCCUUUGUCAUUCACAAUGUGGGCGUUUUUAGGAUCUGGUUGUGAGACACCUAGAAUUUUACCAGCAAAGUGAUCUCGUUACAGUACUGUAACAUAGAACUAAUAAUGUGCAGCUGGUGGUGGCCUAUGGAAGUUCUGAGCCGUAAAUUUCAACUCUGUGCCUACUUUAGGGGAUUUUUGUUUGUUUAGGAAAAACUGGAAAAGAGCAUUUUGUAUUUCUACCAGAAGACUCAGAUUUGUUUGUGCCUCAGGAUCUUCGGUUUUCCUUUGAGGAAAAAUUCAAUAUCCAAAGCCCAGAGGUCAUGUGAAAUAAAUCUGGGGGGAUGAAAACCCAUGGCUUCCAGUAUUUUUAUUGGUGUGGACAUGGGUAGGCCCUCAGGUGUAACUUUUCAUUGUCCCCUAGGCUUUGGUAUUUAUGUUUCUGGCUAUCGCACUUCUUCUGGGCCCUAAUCCCAGCUCUGCUGGUUGCCUGCUAUAUGCCUCAGGCAAGUCACUUCGCUGUGCCUCAGUUUCCUCAUCUGCACAAUGGGAAUUCAAUACCUGUUCUCCCUCCUACUUACACUGUGAGCCCCGUGUGAG